AUGCCCGACAAAACGCUCAAGGUCGUCACAUACGCCGCCGGUGCCUCCCUAGCGGCGAUUACGCUGAUUUACGUGUUCGGCCCCACGUACUUUUUAGACAGUGAACCUUCGACAUCCCAGGGCGGCGCGUUCUCUGCUCGAAAGAAAGGCGUUGUGGGACUCGUGAACCCUGCAAACGACUGCUUUAUCAAUUCGGUGCUUCAAGCGCUUGCAGGCUUAGGGGACCUUCGGCUCUACCUGAUACGCGAGAUACACCGGCGCAGCCUCGAUGACGAAUCCGUGUAUUCGCAACCCGUCCCGCCAGGCUUGCUCGCCGAGGACGGAAGCAAGGCGGCUGUACCACGCUUUGCCAAGGAUAUACCGGACUGGAGAUUGGAGGGGCUGCAGAAGGGCAGCGUGACCAAGAGCUUGAAGGAUAUCCUCGACGCCCUCAACGAGCGGCCAAUCUACAAGAAGACCAUAUCCGCCGCACCGUUCCUAAGAGCGUUGGAGGAGGCUUUCCGGCAGCGGAUCAGCCGGCAGCAACAGGAUGCGCAAGAAUUCCUGCAGGUGGUGGCCGAGAGGCUCUGCGACGAGUAUCACGCGGGCCGGAGGGCGCGAGACUUUGCCAGGCGGCGUAUGGCCGCUGUAAGCAAUGGCCCGGCUGAUGCAGAGAAAGCCGGUGCUGCCAACGGUGACGCGGAUGGCAGCGCCCCGGAAGAGGAAGAGGGCUUCCCCAUGGAGGGCAGUUUUGAGUCGCAAAUUGAGUGCCUGACUUGCGGAUUCAAACCCCGGCCCACGAUAUCGACCUUUUGCACCUUGACACUCAAUGUGCCCCAGCUUCCGGCGACAACGCUUGCCGCCUGCUUCGACGGCAUGUUCAAGACAGAAUACAUUGAUGACUUCAAGUGUGAAAAGUGCCGUCUCCUGCACGCCGUGGCCCAGUUCGAGCAGGAGCGGCAGUGGUCCGCAACGGAGGCAGCGAGGGCGAGAGCUCAGGCCGCCGUGGAAAGACUUCGGCUGGCCAUCGCAACGGAUCCCGAGGCCCCGCCAGAUGAUGUCGUGCUCCCUGACCUGCGUUACGCACCGAAGCGCAUGAUCGCGCGGCACAUUCGGAUGACGCGGUUCCCCAAGGUCUUGGCCAUCCAUCUCUCGAGGUCCAUCUUCGAUGCCAGCCACUCGUCGCUGAAGAAUCUAGCCAAGGUGGUGUUUCCAGAGGAGCUGCCCUUGGGUGGCUUGCUCCAGCAGAGGAAGUACCGGCUACUUGCCGUGGUGACACACAAGGGGAGUCACCACAGUGGCCAUUAUGAGUCCUUCCGUCGCCAGGUUGCCUACCGGCCGUUUUCCAACCCGAGUACAUUCCAGGCAUCGGAGGUGUAUAGCAGGACGGCCAGUCCCGCGCCUACGCCCCGAGCCAAGGCUCGAGAUCAGCCCUUGAAAGAGCCUACCGGUGGCGAUCUGACCCCUCCUUCUCCCUACGCCGCCUCCACGCCUGCAAUGAGUUCGCUGAAUCUUUCGUGUACCAGCACGGACGAAGCAGAAAACUCGGUUGGCCCGGAGCCGCCUGCAGCGGCGCUCGACUCUCCGGCCCAGGACAAGAACUCAGCAAGUGGGGAGGUGGUCGGGGCAUCCCCGAUUCCUGGUUCCCCCUCAGCUGCCUCCUCCCCCGCGCCCUCCCCAGCUGGAAGACCCAAGUCUGUGGCCGCCUCUGACAGGCCUUCACUAAGCAAGCCAUCAGCGGCCGCAAAGUCAAAGCAGCGGAAGCAGCAAUCACGUUGGUGGAGGAUCAGCGACGACAAAGUUAAAGAGGUAAGCACUCGGGAUGUGCUGAGCAUGCAGCGAGAGGUAUACCUGUUGUUUUAUGAGCUCGAACGGCCCCUUUCGUAG